CCAAACAUAGGAGAUUGUUCUUCCUGCACUGCUCUGUCUCGCACUAUAAAUCUUUCUUUUUGGUCAACAGGGAACAGUUAAUGCCAGAAUACAACAUUUAUUUUUCUGAUACAUUACUCAGAAGAACCAUUGGCUUGUGCAAACACUGAAUGGAAUUAGAAAGCUUUCCUUUGACCUUGCGUAAAUGGCCACAGAUGUAAAUAUCACAUUUGUUGGGCAGCUGUAGCUGGUUCCUUCGGAUUUACAGGAGGACUGGAAGGAGGCUAACAAAUUUGUCGAACUUAUUUUGAAUCCUGAUGCAAAGGCAGAGCUUACAACAUCCACAAAGUAACAAAUAUCAAUAGUAGAAGUCGGAGUCAAAAGUGUGGUGCUGGAAAAGCGCAACAGAUCAGGCAGUAUCCAAGGAGCAGGAAGCAUUUAUUAAAAAUAAUGGGGGAACGCUUUGAUUGUCAUUAUUGCAAGGAAUACCUUUAUGGCAAGAAGUAUAUCUUGCGGGAAAACGACCAGUAUUGUGUUAAAUGUUAUGAAAAUCUGUAUGCUAACAUGUGUGAAGAGUGUAAGGCACCAAUCGGCAGUGACUGUAAGGAUUUGUCCUAUAAGGAUCUUCACUGGCAUGAAAAAUGUUUCAACUGUGCUAAAUGUAGCUGUUCUCUGGUUGAAAAACCUUUUGCUGCCAAGGAUGAAAAUCUGCUGUGUAAUGAAUGCUAUUCGAAUGAAUACUCUUCAAAAUGCUUCACCUGCAAAAAGACCAUCAUGCCUGGAUCUCGUAAAAUGGAAUACAAGGGAAACAGUUGGCAUGAAACGUGCUUCACUUGCAAACGCUGCCGGCAGCCAAUGGGAACUAAAUCUUUUAUCCCCAGGGAAAAUGAUGCCUACUGUGUCCCAUGCUAUGAAAAGCAGUUUGCUCAGCACUGUUCAUCCUGCAAGAAGGCAAUAACAAGUGGAGGGGUGAGUUAUCAUGACCAGCCUUGGCAUAAGGAGUGCUUUCUGUGUACUGGAUGCAAAAUGCAACUAGCUAAUCAGCGUUUCACUUCGAGGGAUGACUUCCCAUAUUGUCUGGAUUGUUUCAGCAACCUCUAUGCUAAGAAGUGUACAGCUUGUGGAAAAGCAAUUGCUGGUCUCGGAGGUUCAAAGUAUAUCUCCUUUGAAGAUCGCCAGUGGCACAACGAUUGCUUCAAUUGUAAAAAAUGUGCCAUCUCUUUGGUCGGUCGAGGAUUUCUCACAAAACGAGACGAUGUCCUCUGUCCCGAAUGUGGUCGCGAUGCUUAAACUGUGAAAUCAAAUCAAACCUGGAUUUUGGAAUAAGUGGUAGCACAAUUCUGUCUUUCAAAAUAUAUCUGCAGCUUUCAACAUAGUAAUAAGCAUAAUCAAUAACCUUUGGCAAGCACUCAAUGGGCCAGAUUUUGUAGACAACAGAGAAGCAAUGGCACUGAUCAUUGACCUCAAAGGAAUCUACCCACACUGAUGUAGUUGUCUCUAUGGUGUAUUUCUCCCCAUUCUCAUUUCACAGCAGCAUUUGCUUUCAAGACAUGGGGGUGUAAGAUAUGCAGUAGUAUGGAGCAGGUAAGCAGCCAAUCACACUGAAGUGUUCGCAUGCUUCAAACUAAAGGGUUAAAACGCUUAACAUCCAACACUUAUAUAUAUAUAUAUAAAUAUUGCGGAUCCUGAAAAUCUGAAGUGCAAACAGGAAAAGACUGGAAAAACUCAGCAGCAUCUAUGGAGAGAGAAACAAUGUUAAAUUUUUGGGUCCAAUGUGGCCGUUCUUCAGCACUGGACUCAAAACUUUAAUCCUGUUUCUCUGACUGCCAUCUAAAAACAAUAGACUUAUAUUACAUUGAAUAGGGUGUAACGUUUCCAAGAAUUUUGAAAUCAAGAUGAAAAAUAUAAGAAGAGGGCUUCUUCAAUUGAUUGCCUAUGGUUUACAGUCUAUAAUUGUCUCAACCUCCUGGAGAACCAUGGGAUUAUGAUUUCUGUUCCCUGAUGGUAGAUAUAAAGUGAGGAGACUUGAAAAAUCCAGUGAGGAAAUUCCCAGUUGUCUAAGCGGCUGCCCCUGAUCUGUGUGAGCAAGAUGUUAGGUGGCCCAGCCACUUUUGGAUCAUUGAGUCUCUUAAAGCAGCUAAUUAAUGGCCACUAAAGGAAAUCAUCCUUGACAGUUAGGGGACCGAUGUACGCUGAAAACACUCGGGCUGUUGCCUGACAAAAGGGUAGCCCUCCUUCGUGGGCCCCACAAAGCUCAAUUCCCUUCUCUCCACAGCCCUCCCUCCUGUCUCUUGAGCCUGGCACUGUGGGGCAAUGUGACCCUCCCUCCCCCACCCACCUCCUGGGCUGCUCACUAUGGUGGGACAGCCUGUGAUCCAAAUAGGUUUUAGCGGUCCUGCUGGCACUGACAGGUUUAAAAAGCUGAUUGCCCAACAAUCUGAUUGCUUUCAGCAUCAAAAUGUUCUGUGUCAGCUGUAGAAAUUGUGGCCCAUUCACCUUUUAACCAGAAUAGAUGGGGACUGCUGCACCCUGUAUUAUCAAGCCCCAGGAUCACUGACAGCAACAUUAAACAGUACAGACUGUAGAAAUGGUUGUGAGUUUCAGUGCUGUACGGACGAUGAAAGCUAGCAAUUUCAUCACUGGUAUUACAAAGUCUAGCCAUUGGUGUUUCUGAUAAAAGUAAUUUUUGUCUGUAGCAGAAGUUCUUUUUCAGAGUACCACACAGUAUCGUCCCUACACAAUAUAUUUUAUUUGCUUUUGCUUUCAAUGGUAGCUUUCUCAUAAAAGCAUUCCUACAUUGUUGCAGAAAUCGGAUAAAAUGUAAUAAUGUGAGCAAAGUAAGAUAUUGUAUUGACUAACCACAAUGGGCAAGCUGGUUUCACAAGAACAAAUUUAAUCUAUUUGGUGUGAAAAAUUUUAUAUUAACUAGUAAUGUCUGUAACGGGAUGGACUGCAGCAUUACUAGUGAUGAAGGAUAACAGUUGCAUUAAUAACUGUUCCUAGUGCAAUUGGGAAAUAGCAUUAGCUUGCUUUUAGACUUUGCCAGCAAUUUCUUUAAAUCAAAAUUUAAUAUAUGGAGAUGUGUUUCUGUAUUCUUCAUAUUUAACAUAGAAUGUUGUGUAAUUCUGGCCUACAUUUAGAAUUAGAUUCUCAUGUGAGAUGAGUAUAGUUAUAGAUGCAAGUUACAUUCUCUAUUUCUGAAGCAGCCUGUCCCAUUCUCACAUGCAAACUUCAAACAGUACAUAAUGUUUUAGAUGCCAUAUCUUUUCAAUGAUGAGUUUAUAUUAAAUACAGCUUACAGUGAUGCUAAACAUUCACUAAGUACAGCGGCACCUCUAAUCAGUGCAAAAUAUUGACAUUUACUUGUUUAUAUUUUUAGCUCUAGUAGUUUAUCCACUGAUCUGCCAAUAAAGCUUCAGCAGUUCACAGAGCACAAAGCAAGCAAUUCCACAACAGGUUUAACAACAAGAAAUUAAAACUCUCAUAAUAAAUGAUUUUGGAAAUCUAUGAUUAGUUUUGGAAGCAUAUAUUAGAAUAUACAGUCAUAGAAGUAAUGCCUUACAGACAGCCUUUGCCCUUUAUUUGUAAGAGACUUGCAACUUUUGCUUCCAUAUACUCUUUUGACAUCAGAUGAUGAUUUAAUACCAAUGGUGCAAAGUUUGUGUCCAUGCCACUUUGUAACAAGUUGGGCUGAAAUAUGAAAUAACUAUUUCUGGAAGGAGCAAUCAAUAGUUUACAAAAAUAAUGGAAUAUAAGUAGUAAGCAAUACAAAUUUCUUCAUAAAAUUUAGGUAUAUAUGCUGGUGAACUUAAGUGAAAAGAAAUCAGUUUUAUUUGUAGAUACAUUUAUUUUAUAUUUGUUCAAUCAAUGUUAGUGACACUUGACAAGGCUGCUUUUAUUACCUAUUCCAGUUGACCGUAAGAGAUGGUGGCCAUUUCCUUGAAAUACAUUGGUACAUGUGAGAUCUUCCCAUUAUGGUGUUUCAAAGGGAAUUUCACAAGUUCAAUCCAGCAUUAUCAAUAUUCCUAUUCCAUUAUAUAGCAAAAUUUAAUCAAGCUCAGUUUAAAACAGUCAAUUAACCCAGUGUCUACAGCUUUUUUUAGAAGAAAGAGUGGAAUUUCCAAUAUAUGGAAAGUUGCCACAGGGUAUUUAUCUUCUGAUGUGCUUAUUCUUGUCAAUAUUUCUAUAGCUUUAGCUCUUGGCGAUCCCCAGGAUUAUAUUGGAAGGAUUGCUGGUGGUAACGUUGAAGGUCAAAGAAGAUAGUUAGGUAUUUCCUGCCAUUCCAAGCACAUCUGUCCAAAGUCCUCACAGAGGAUAACAGUUGCUAUUUUAUUCUCUUAGGGUCCAUGAUUGGCAGUGAAGAUUGUGUCAUUGAUAGAAACAGCCUCACUCCUGUUUUGCAGUGUAAGAAAGAAUAUUGAAGCAACUAAAAAAAAUGAAAACACUGCUGUGUAAUGGGCUGUGUUGCAACCACCUUCCUAUAAUUAGUAUGAUUUUGCUCACUGAUCUUUUCCUUUAAAUCCAUCCCUUCACACCCCACCCCAACACCCCACCUCACCCACCAUGGGCCACAGCUCAGCUAGAUAGCCUUGACUCCCUAUUCAGUCAUUCCUGCUUAAUUUCAAGACAGCUACCCUUCCUUUGCUCUGUGUUCUGUCAGGUCUGCAGUUUGAAGUCUGAUUACAAUAGUUUCUGACAGAAAUGAAAGUGAAUUUCAGUAGGUAGUUAUUGCUGAGUAGGUGUCAUUUGAUGGUACGAUUGAUGACUCCUUCUAUCACUUGGUUGAUGUGUCUGUGGUGAUGAGGGGCAAGUUUGAGAGGGCUGAUAUCUUACUCUAAGAUGUACCUAAUGUUACUCCUGACAACAGCUUUUACACUUCCUAUUGAAUUAGGGAGCUUCAAGUUGAAUGGCGAUUGAGGCAGAAGCAUGAGGCGACAAAUUUUGAUAGAUUAUGCUGUUGCUGUUGGCCCACCAAUGCCUCGUGGUGCCCUGUUUUUGAAUUGUUCACUCUGGUUUUGUCCUACUCAGCGCAAUGGUGGCUGCCUUUCUCAAAUCCAAAAAGUAUGCCAUUAAAAUGAAGGCAGGUAUGAAUGCACAGGUAAAGCAGAAAGAUUGUAGUUGCCAAUCUAACCACUCAACUGCUGUCUGUGUCAGAGACAGAUUCACAGUUUUACAGUUCUCAUAUGUUCAUCUAAAUUCUUUGGUUAUUUGGUCCUUUCAAACUUUCCCUUUGACUAUAAUCAUAACAGCUGUGACUUACAGUAUAUUCCUGAUUGCCUGAAAAUCUGUUCACAGAAAUCUUGAAAUUUAAUGCGUCGCUUUGUGCUACAAAUCCAUAUAAAUUUAUGAUUUCCCUUUUCCUCCCUUCUUUUUGGCAAAUGUUAGCAACUUAGGUCCUAAACAUCAAGCCUUGAAUGUCUUUGAUCCAAGUAGUGGCCACACACUAAAAAGUGCAGGUUGUUUCUUCUGUGAAAGCUCUUUGAAAUGCAGCUCUUACCGUUUUUGAAUCUUCCAGUCAUGUGAAAAAAGGGUGAGAUGUAAUUUGUGUCAUACCACACAUACACAUAUUCCUGUUACUGCUUGAUGCUGUUGGGAAUACAUGGAAGUGUUUGUUUUUUCAUUUUAAAUUGUGCUUAAUUAAGUUCUGUGGACUGAAAUGUAUCACAUUUUUAAAAAUAACUUCAUCAUUUGACAUUUGACCACCACAAAGUUUUCUUUAAAGUUGAUGAAUUCACACUUAAUAAUAUUUGCAUUUUAGUGAAGAAUAUUAUGCAUUAAAGAUAUGUACUAAACUGCAGAAUGUUUCACAGUCUUAAUUCACAAUAUCCUUGGAAACAACUAAAUUAAGGCAGACUGAAUAGUGUGAUGGGUAUAAACAUGAGAAUCGUGCUUUAACUGUGACAAACUUUAGUGCUGAUACGCUCAAACAUACAUUUUAAACUGCAGUGUAAACAUCAUCAGUUGCAUGCAAAUUAGGAACUUUUCUGAGGUACAAAAGUUAUUUAUGAGUGAAAGUUGUCAAGCAGAUAGAAUAUUGUGCGUUUGAGAUUGUCAACAAAUUAGAGACAAUUUAGAAACUAAUAAAAUAAAGUUUAAAUGUCAAGUACUUUAAUGAUAUGUUUUAUCUUUUUUUCCAUAU